AUGGAAGCCUCUAAAUUUCUGCUCAUUGCAUUGGUGACAACAAUAUGUGCAGCUGUCUUUCAAUUAAUUGGUUUGGCGUCACCUUAUUGGAUAUUUAUAGAUGCCACAUUAUUAAAGAUAAAUUCAGGUCUAUGGAAGACGUGCACUGAACUAGUUUUGACUGGAGAUAAUGAAUGCACUGAUGUGGAACUUACAGAUGACGACUGGCUCAAGGCUGUCCGAGCGAUGAGCGUCCUUGGUUUUCUGGUAUUGGUGGUAGCAGCAGUCAUGGCAAUAUUAAAGCUGUUUGUUCUGAAAGACAAGCAAAUAAUUCUAUUUGUGGCGAUAGGCACAGCUUUCGCUGGAGCGGUGUUUAUCCUCAUAUCAGUAGCAGUGUAUGCGGCCAAAACAAACGAUUUGUACGAAAACUCUGACUUUAACUACCACUUCGCUUUUGCCUUCAGCAUCAUAGGAAUGAUAGCAGCGAUCGGGGCAGGAGUUGUCAUGUUGGUAGAAAUCAUGAAAGGAUAACUAAACAUCACUUCAGAAUGCCUAUAAAACAAUUGUUCAGAAAUAAUAGCAUCCCAGUUUUAUCGAUUGAAAAGGCAUAUAUUAGUCUAUUUCUUGAUGCUGAUUUAUUUCGUUUUGUGAAUGUACUCCACAACAUAAUUCAAAGACUUAACUAAUGAUUAUUUUUAAUGUAGUUUCAAACUAGUUAUUUAAAUUUUUUAAAUAAAAGUUUACUAGUAUGCUUCAUCAAGUCCAUUUUCUAUAACAUACCGGUAUAUUAGCAGCAGCAUGAGAAAAUAGAUUUUAAAAUGUGUUUUCAUCUGCUUGCACCAGACAUUCUUAAUAAGCGAGCAUAAACAAGCAUCAUAUUUGCAAGAUAAGGAUUAAUAAAAUCAGCAUUACUUCUGCACCUUAAUAUUUCUGGUUCUGUGUCGUUCAUCAACUAGCUUACAGAUCUAUUGUUCUAUUGUUUCUAUGUAACUAUGCUUCAAGUAAACAAUUCACAAAAUAUGUAAUAUAUUG